AUGACGACGCCGAUCGAGAUUGGGACGCAGAAGACGCUGUCGUAUGUGAUUAUCGUUCUCGUUGUCGCCAUGGUCGUGUGCGUCUUUGUGCGGCAGCUGCUCAUGCUCUGGAACUUUGCAAGCGGGUGGGCCAAGCACGACGACGAGGACGACUACUCGGGCGUGCCGACCGUCCACGAACACGAGUGGGAAAGUGGCGCCGACAAGUACACGAUCUCGCUCGCGUCCGGGUCGCACCCGCGCAGCAACCCGUUGCACGACCCGGACGACGCCUAUGACGUGCCCGAUACGAUCCGACUCGCCUCGGACAAGCACCGGGCGUAG